CGUGACAAACAAGUUUUAAUAAAAGGGGACGAACCAACGGUUCAUCAGCAGAGCCGAAGGAGUCUUAGCUCACCAGUUGAUGCAUUGAGUGCGAUUAAAAUAAACGAGGGAAUUAUUUCAUUGAAAAUAAGCGAAAAUUCAAGUGAAAAUAAUGUUCAGUUACCAUCCCCACUUCCGUUGCCAUUGUGGGCCAAAGAAUCGAAACCAACUUUAAAUAUUGAAAAGCUCUACGCAUACGAAGAUCUUGUGGCAUUGAUUGAUACAACUUUACAGCAUAUGAUGGAAGAAACUCAUUACAACACCGUCAAUAAUUUCAUUGACUUUUAUCAGGCAUUCAAAGCAUCGUCAUUCAAAAAUUUACGAGAAUUCUUUCAAAUUUAUUCACCGCCAGUUAAUCGACGUCAUCAUAUGUGCGUCAGUUUGGCAAUGGAAAUUGUUGCUAGAAUUGCAACCUUAAGACCGAACAUAGCAGAACAUUUUUAUUUAGUUUCAUGUGAAGAAGCCGUUGAAGACACAAUCUCGUAUAUUGAGAAUUGUGAUGAGAAAAGCAUUGAAGCAGCAGCAUGGAGUUUAGAGAAGGAACAUUCUUUGGUUGCUAUGAAGAUAAUGAUAGCUGGACGUGAAGGAUUGAUGAUUAUUGAUCCGGGUUAUCACGUUGCAAGAGCUGUAACUGUCAUGAAAGAUCAAAAUUAUCCUCACACUGGGUUCUUUACACAAUCAGAUGAACCUGGUUGUAAACGCGAAUAUUGCUACACUUUCUCGCACAUGAGUGACAAUUUCAUAACGUGGAGAGAAAGAACAACUCGUAAUGGUCAACAAAAAUACGAGAUAUCUUUAAUUUAUGUUGAUCGACCAUACAAAACAGCAAUCGACGUUACAGUUCGACGCAACUUGGUUUAUGAUUUUCGGUCAUUGCUUUCUAGAGAUCCAAAAGGACGAGUUUUUGCUGGAAUUUAUUUUCCUGUCGUUGCUAAUGCCACUGACUCGAACAUUACAAUCUUCUAUGAUGAAGGAAUUGACAACAAGAUUUUAAAAACAAAAGUAAAAUUUUCUGCUUUCAAAGAUGUUACAAAGAUUCCCGAAUCAAUUAUGAACCACUUGAAGAAGUUGGAACCACAAUUACGUAUCGAGCUUUCCACAAUGAUCGACAUGUUGAAAACAUUAACAGAAAUUGUAACCGAUGCUGAUUUCGUCAAACAAUCAUUGGCGAUUAAUGAUGUCAUUGCCGUGCUGUCGGCUGAUAAUUAAGCAAAUUAUAUUUCUUCUUCAUCAGACAAACAACAUUAUAAUAUAUUUAAUCCAUGCUAAUAAUUUUAAAGCUUAUUUGUUCAUAAUUUUAAGAUGCUUAGAUUUUCAUAUUUACAACUUCUCACACUUUGAAAACGUUCGUGAUUGACGCAAUUAAAUGGUUGAAAGGAGGAAGUGAGUGAAAGUUAUUAACAUAGACGCGUUUGAUGGUCACAAGGAGAUUUGCAUAAUCGCUUUUUCCUUGAGUGUUUGAAGGACAUCAAACUUACUCAACGUAAAGGAGUAACAAACUAAAAAUAGUUAAUGUAAAUUGCGAACGUUUUUCUUCACUUAAAAUGCUUUCAAUAGAGGAAAUUUUCGCUUAUCACAGAAUGAAUUUCCAACAUGGCAACACGAAAAAAGUUUGUCGAUAUUUUAUCGAAUUGAGAAUGACAUGAAAGCGGAAGUAAUUGGACAGAUAAUUUACAAAGCUUAAACACUUUUAGCAGAUUCUUAACUCACUACAACACUAUCUUAACUACAAUCUUUCAAUAUAUUUAAUAACACAAUAAAUUCUGUUUAGUUUUUAGAAAAUAUUAUUUUUGGUAUUGUGGAAGAAUUUUAAAGGAGAAGGUGAAUAAUUUUUAAUUAAAAUUAGGGAAAAGUGUGUAAAAUGAUGAAGAAAUUCAAUUAUCUAAAUAAAAUAACACAAAUUUAAUCAAAGAAAAUA